AUGGUCAACGCACUUGCAAAGUCGUCGCACAACGUCCUUCCCAAAAAGCCACAUCCCUCGGAAGAGAUUACCCAACUCUCGUUUCCUCGAGCCUUCAACUAUGUCUCUAGAGAAUUACCGAUUGCAACAGGCAGGGUCAAGGGAGGCCGGAACGAUACCAACAUCCUUGACCAAUUCUUAUACUACCUCAGUGACCCGAUGUUCGAGCACAUGGAAUUGGGUCCCAUUAUGUCUAUUAAUACUAUAGAUCUACAAAGGAUUGGGCCUCGUUUCGGCCAGCUUCUCAACACAUACCUAGGUAUAAGCCAGCUACCGCUCAGAAAUUCCGAGGCUUUCACACCCAAUAUCACAACCAGAGGAGUAGCAGCUACAUACUCUGAAGUUUUCGUAGUCUCAAAGUUCUGGGCAGGGCUUUGUGUGAUGUCUACACUGGUUCUCUUAGCAUGUGGUUGUUUCAGCGUUCUAUUCGUUCAUCUGGCAUCAGGGCCCGAGAUUCUGGAGUAUGUAUCAACCAUGGCUCGGAACUCGAAGUACAUUACGCUGUCGCCGAAGACUACAUGGAUGGAUGGGCCUGAACUUGCCAAGGAGAUCAAGUCGCUGCGUAUAAGACACGGGUUGGUCUACGGAGAAGUCGCAGAUGAGGCCGUACUGGCCAUUUACGUGGAAGAAGAAACCGAAGGUAUUGGAAAGAAAGCCCCUCACUACUAG